AUGAGCGAUGGCGAGACUAAAGCGACUGAGGUUGAGAGCGGGUCUCAAGGAGCACAGUGGCGAGAGUUCGAUCCACCUUCCUUCCCCGCUGUCGCCGCGACACGUCCUGUGACGGUUCACGCGUUUCCGUCGGGUGGGUACGUGUGGGAAGUGGCGGCGGCAGAGCAGAUUCGACUGGUGCAUGGCAUCGUAGGCACCAUGGCGGGGUGCCUGCCGGGCUUCGCGCUGCAGAACAAGGUCAAGGGCCUGCCGCUGCUGCUGUCGCUGGAAGAGCUCGCCGCAGCCGCGACCAUGGGCGUCGCGAGGCUUCAAGUACAAUCCUCCGGCAAUCACCCCAACGUCAAAGCAAGAAUUCCUCUGUCCGCUGAUCCCCAAAAGUCCAUCGCAUUCAAUCAGUCGCCAAAUCUUGUCCGUUCGCCUUCGAGACCAUCCCCUGUAACACAUCCGGACCUUAACCCUAGCUCUUCACGAAGAUUUCAAGAAGGAUCUCGCCCGAACUCCUCUGGUUGCGAAACUCUCCAUUUACCGCCACCAGCGGGUUCAGUAGCAGCGGCAGGCGUUGUGGCUUCCGUUGACCAGCGCGCUUCGCCUCUCGGGUCGGCAGCAGUAGCGCAUCUCAAUUCGCAUGCCGAAUUCCAAACACACGAGCCGCCGCCGCCGCCGCCGCCGCAGCAGCAGAAUCUGGUGCUGUCUGCAGAAACUCAUGUGCCGCGGGCAAGCGAGAAUAUGGGGGAGCAUGACACGAAAGAGUGCGGAGAGUUGCACCGGAUGGCUGCGUCUUUCUGCUCACACCCGUGCGUGCUCGCCUCUACCUGCCCUCACCAGCCGCCCUGCUCCGUGCCACACGCCCUCCACGCUGCCAGGGAGGCUUCGUUCAGCGAGAAGUUCCGGCUGCCCGUAACAGAGGGGGACGUGCAGGUAGCAGCGGAGUGGCUGGGCGCCAAAGGGUGUGGGGUGCAACGGCAGGGGGAUGGCGACGCUGCUUCGGCUGGGAUGGGGGAAUGCGAUGGAAGUGCUGCAGUGGCGGAUUGUUCUAAGGAGAAGGAUAACGGCGGGAGAGGUAGGGAUCAGACCGGAGGUCAAAGCGGAGGAGCAAUCGGCAGAGAGAGGCAUGAUGAUGACAGGGAAGGAGUGAGCAACGGCAUGAGCGCCACAUCGCCCAGCACUUGCCACACGCGUCCACCGUCUUCCCCCUCCCUGCCCCUCUCCCCACCGCACGCUCGCACCCCGCUGCUCUCCGUGCUCGCAUCCCUCCUCCACAGCAGCAGCCCUGCGGUGCGCCUGCGCUGCCUGGUCUACGCGGACCUCCUCGCCCGCUCCUGCCGCAUGACGUGCGGGCUGAGGUUCGGCGCGCACUGGCUGGUCUACCCGGGGGGCGCGGACCCCUGCGACCUGCACGCGCCCUGCAUGCUGCGCGUGCAGCGGCAGCACGAGGGGCUGUCAGCGCAGCAGCUGCUGGCGGCUGCGCGCGUGGCCAUGGCGUCCAGGAAGAGGCUCGUGCUGGCGACUGCUUCUGAGGAGUUGCUGCAUGGGGAAGGGUUCUGGGAGUGGUUUGUGGAGCGGUAUGGGGCGGUGCAGGUGGAGCGGAGGGGCGGGGAAGAGGGCGAGAGGCUGGUGAGGGGAAGUCUGGAGGAUGGGUUAGGGGGAGCGGAGCAGAGGGGUUUGGUGCCUGUGGGGAAAGAUGUGGAAGCAGGACCUGGAGAAUUUGCCAGGCCAAUUGGAAACAACGGGGUGCGUUUAGAGCAGCGAGGAGUAGAGGCUGGUGAGUGUGGGGCAGCAGAAAGCAGAGGCAUGUGCGGGGGUGAGCAAGGGUGGGAGAAGCAGGACAGGGAACGGGGAGAGUGUGUGAGAGGGGGAAAGUGGGGGGAGUGGGUGGAGUACACGACAAUGGUGACUGACCUGGACUUCCUGCCUUUAGAGCUGCGCACCCAGAACCCCCUCAAGGCCAAGAUGCUGCAGGAAGGACAGCAGGUCGGCGCUCGAAGGAACAGGAAACCUGGUGCUGUGUAA